AUGAAGAUGUUUGGAAUUUUGAUGGUGCUGUUCGCUACCAGUGUGGUUGAGGGUCAAGAGACACUCCACUGUGAGGAUAUGAUCAGAAAUGCUCGCCUCCCCUGUAUCUGCACUAUAGAUUUAGAAAAUGGAACUUCCAUCAACUGUGAUGAGGUAUUCUUUUUUGGGGAUUUUCCGAUUCUUCCAUAUCGUCAUCGUAUUCACAGUUUUAGUCAGCGCCACGCUGGGCUACAGAAUCUAGAGGCUCAGCUCUUCACCGCUAGUGAUGUUCCUCUCAAGGUAGUUGAUUUCUCCCACAAUCUUCUUCGGCGACUCACAGAGAGAGUGUUUGAUGGAAUUGAAAAUACAGUGGAAGAAAUAUAUUUGAGUCAUAAUCUCUUUGGAGAUCAGCUUAACCCAAUCUUUUCUACAAAUGAACUUCAAGGACUGCCACAACUUCGUGUUCUCGACUUAUCGGCGAACCACCUACGUGAUUUGAACAGUGAUAUUUUCAGAGGAUUGGACAAAUUGGAGGAGCUUAACCUCGGACAAAAUGAGCUCUUCACAAUUCCAGCAUCUAGUCUUCAAGGCCUUCUUGCUCUGAAAACAAUAUUUCUUCAAGAAAAUGGAAUAAAACAACUACCACAAAGAUCUUUUCCAAACCUGCCAACAAUGAAGCUGUUGAAUCUUACAGGAAAUGAUAUCAGUUAUAUACAGGAUGGAGCCUUUGUCACACUGUCUGGUCUAGAAACUCUUCUUCUUAGUAGUAACAGGUUGGAUUCCUUACCCUCAGAAGCAUUUGUGAGGCUUGAUAAACUCCAUACAUUAGAUCUUUCCGAUAACUACUUUACCCUUGUUCCUCUAAGAUCUUUGAUGAAACUCGUAAGGCUAAAAAAACUUAUUCUACAUUCCAAUAACAUUCAUUCCUUAGAAGGGACCCCUCUCGCUGAAAUGGCUACUUUGGAGUUUUUGGAUUUACGUCGAAAUGGAAUUAUCGGAAUUUCAGCAAACACAUUUGUCGGAUUACCAAACAUGAAAGAUUUAUUAUUAGACAUCAACAUAGUAAGGAGAUUAGAUGAAAGCAUCUUCAGUGGGCUAGAAAAGUUAGAAAGACUUUCUUUAAACGAUAACCAAAUCCUUGCAUAUCCAGCUACAACCAUAAGUAGUCUGAAAUAUCUAAAGAAAUUUAAUCUUGAUUAUAACAGAAUAGCUGUUUUAUCACCAAAUAUACUUAGAACUUCAGCUAAACUAGAAGAACUUUCUCUUGCUUUUAACCUUAUUAAGGAAAUUCCUGAUAAUCUUUUUGAAAACUUUGAAGCUCUUCGCCUACUAAACGUACACGGUAACAAGAUAGAAGUGUUUAAUAACAAUAAAAUAGUUGGUAUUCAGCAAAGUUUAUGGGUUCUUGACCUCGGAUACAACGACAUAAACCAGUUUCCAAAGUUGAAUCUACCAAAACUUUUCAUUUUAAGUAUGGCCAGAAAUAAAUUAUCAGCACUAGUGCCAGAUGCUUUUGAAAUGCUUCAAGAUCUUAGAUAUCUUAACCUUAGCCGAAAUCAAAUAGCUAAAAUACCAAAAACUGCUUUUCAAAAACUUUUAUAUCUUGAAAAUCUGGACUUGCAUGAGAACUUACUAACGGAAAUUUCUCUAGAUGUUUUUAAGAAUCUGUCGUUGAAAGUGCUUGAUCUUAGCAGAAACCAACUGCGAGAACUGCAGCAAAAAUCCUUCCAAAAAUUAUUAAAACUCGAGAGGUUAGAUCUCAGCAUGAACAGACUGGCCCUCGUCCAAAAUGGAGCUUUUGACGAACUAGAUAAUCUUAAGUUCUUAAAUCUCAGGCAAAAUAUUCUGAGCUCUUUUAAAGGGGAUGUUUUUACAACAAGAACAGGGUUAGAAACAUUGGAUCUCAGUCACAACCAUAUCACAUAUCUGUAUCCCAACUCCUUCACCAUCCAUUACAAACUCAAGAAUGUAGAUCUAAGUUUUAACAGACUGACAUUCUUCCCAAGUGAAAUUCUAAAAGCUGUCCAAACCUUAGCCCAUAUUAGUCUCCAGGGAAAUAAUCUCCAGUCUCUGGAUAAUGCAGAUUUUGCCAAUAUGCCAAACUUGAAACUUCUGGAGCUCCAGAAUAAUGCAAUAAGUGAUAUUCAAGACAAUACUUUCCAGAACUCAACUCAAUUGCACAGGAUUUACUUACAAAACAAUCAAAUUUCUUCUCUACCAGAACUUGCCUUUCGAGGUAUAAGUCAUCUAAACCUGGAUCUCAGCAAUAACAGUCUAAGUAAAUUAUCUCCAGAGAUUUUUAAUAGAAUGAAUGUCUUUUCAUUGGAAAGUAUUAAUUUGGCAAGAAAUAAAUUUACAGAAUUUCCAAACCUUGGUCUAAAACGACAGUAUUCUUUUCUUGAGAAAUUAGAUUUAUCUCAUAACAAAAUUAGCAACCUUCCCUCAAAUGAUGAUGUGUUAGUAAACGUAAAGAACAUAGACCUCUCACAUAACCCUUUAACAGCAGAUGCACAUAGAGUACUUCUAGGAGAACCAAAAAGCAUGAGAGAGCUCAACAUAGCCUACACAAAGCUUGAAACUCUUCCAGAAUUAGAAAGUCCUUUUUUAAGAACCCUAAAUCUCUCAGGAAACAUAAUAAAAAGGAUUGAUGGUAAUGUCUUUCAGAAGACAAACCUGUUGCAAUGUUUAGAUUUAUCAAAAAAUCAGAUUCCAAACUUGAGUAUAAGCCUUGCGACUGUUUGGUCCAAAAUUACAGGUUUAGAAAAACUUGAUAUCUCAAACAAUCCGAUACUCUACAUUGUUAAAGGAGACUUUGAUCCUUUAACAAGUCUUAAAUACCUCAUGAUCAAUGAUUUACAUGAGCUCACUCUUUUCGAAUGUGAAAGUUUAAAAAAACUUACUCUUCUGAAAGUUGUACGAUUUUACGGAUACCCAUCGUUACUAAAUCUAGCUAUUAAUGAUUGCUUAAAGUAUGCAGUUGGGCUUCAAAGUGUUUCAGUAGAUAUUACUGAGCCUCAACUUCAAUCACAGCUACAACUAGUUUACAGCCCCAGGCUACGCGAGGUGGAUGUUCGGGGUAGGAAACUGAGAAGUAUAUCUUCAAGUGCUUUUGCUGGCAUUCGGAGUCCUAAAAUUGAUAUUAAACUUCGAGAAACCACCAUAAACGAUAUUUCAACUGCUAUAUUUCUACCUCUUCCAAUAUCCACUGAUAUUGCACUUGAUGUGAAAAACAACAAAAUUAGUAGCCUUAGUCCACAAUUUCUGGGAACACUGGACAACAAACAAAGGGAUAUAUCAUUGGUAGGUCUAAAUUUUAAUCCAAUCAUAUGUGACUGUAAUGCUCUACCUCUCUGGCGAUGGAUUCAAAAGAAAAUCGGUUCUAUGGAGAAAAGGUUUUAUGAACUCACUAAAUUGGAGUGUUUUGGUCCUCCUCAUCUAGCAAAACAAAUGUUACAAGAUCUUCAGGCUAAUAGCUUUGUUUGUGGAGAGCAACCAAUCACAAUCCAAACGUCAACGAUUACAGCCUCUUCCCCAACUACUCAGGCAACUAUCCAGCAUCGUGAAAAUGACAUCAUCUUUGAACCUCGGCGCACAACCUCACGGCCUACACGUAAAUCACCUUCUGCUAGUGGAAGCAGAAGUGCUCUUACUAAAGUGGACACUAUGAUCAUUGCUAUUGUGGCAGGAGUAGUAGCUUUUGUCUGUAUAUUGAUCAUAAUCAUCUGUGUGAUUCGGUUACGUCGAGCAAGACCUCAUUAUACUGCAGGACCUCUUGCGGGACCUUUAGCACUACGGGCACAAGGCAAGUGCACCUGUCUCAAACCACCAACUAACUUAUGUAACUGUUAUGCUCCAUAUCCUAUUCCACUCUCGUACAUUCCUACAGGCCUUCCUCAUGCGCUUCCAAUGCGACCGAGGAUUUUGUCUUUGCCUGCUCCCCCAAUGUCUGGAAGUACCCUUGGCAGAGCAGUUCCUCUUAAAAGUCCACCUUACUAUGUUACCUAUCCAGAAAGUGAUAAUGAAAAUAGGUAA